UCGAUCAUCAGUUCUGAACAAGCCGUUCAGCGGUACAGACGUGUUCUCUUCUCGUCUCAUUGUUAGGUUUAAGGGAAUUUUUAUCCUCGAAGGGACUUUAAUACAUUGCUUUGGGUGUUGAUCUAUACGGAGAUCGGAUUGAUCAAGAAAGAGGAAGUGAUUUGGUGAUUAAAUUUGGCAUACACUAGUCCGGAAGUUGCUGUUAUCAGUGUUUGCAGUUGUGUCGUCCGGUGUGGAAGUAAUGACCGGUUUUCAAGGUGUGGGAACCAAGUGUGGAAUCAAUAGCUGAGAAACGAUUUCUCGUCAUAAGUACACCAGCGACCAGCGCGGUGUAAAAGUGUAAAGGAAGAGUUAAAAGAAAGUCGUUGAAAAACAAAACACAAUCCGGACAAUCGUACAGUGGGAAAGGAGGAAAAGAAACUGUUAUGUGUGAUUAAUUCAGUCGCAAGUUUUCGAACGUAUGUCCACUUGAGCUGACUUUUUGGAAUUUUCGGUUAAGCUCGUCCGAUAUCUAUAUGGGUGUACUGAACGUGAUAGGUUCCGGUGCCGGUGCAGCAGUCGAGUGCCAGCCGAGUUGCAAGAAGAACGAUAAUAUCUUCUCACCCAUCAAGAAUAAGAUGAAGGUCUUAAAGAAGAUCAAAAAGCGAAUGGGACUAGCUCCACGCACUACGUCGUCCUGUCCCGGGCCAAACAAUUUACCCCCGCUAUUGUUCCACAGUGUGCACGGGGACAAUAUACGAAUCUCGCGCGAUGGAACCGUUGCUAGACGGUACGAAUCAUUCUGCAAGGGAAUAGCUUUUAGCGCACGGCCAGUUCGUGUCAAUGAGCGUGUUUGCGUCAAGUUCCUCGAUAUCUCCAACAAUUGGAGCGGCGUGAUCCGGUUCGGUUUUACCUGCAAUGACCCAGCCACAUUACGUGGUAACCUGCCAAAAUAUGCCUGCCCAGACCUUACAAAUAAGCCCGGUUUCUGGGCAAAGGCUCUAAACGAACGGUACUGUUAUCGUAAUAAUGUUCUGUUUUACUACGUCACACCCUCCGGGGAUGUCCACUUCGGCAUCAACGGCGAAGAAAAGGGAGUUUUCAUCACGGACGUUGAUGCUCGCGGUCCGCUAUGGGCUGUGAUUGACGUGUAUGGAAAUUCGACAGCAAUUGAGUUCCUAGAUUCGCGGAUCUAUAUGUUCCAGCAGCAGCAACAACAACAGCAGCACCAGCAAACACAACAACAUCAUCACCAUCACCACCAUCAUCACCCACCCGCGCAAAGCCAAACUUGCGGACGUCGCUCUGCUGAUCAGGAAAUCGUACCUCACAUGGAAUCACUCACUAUCAACCAGCACAAUCAGCAGUUGCUGGAUGAGCGUCCGAACCCGACCACGGCGAUCAGUCCAGCUGCGAGCGUGCGGUACAACAGUCCUGCACCAGGACUGCUACCUCUACCAUUCCAUCCAGUGCGCGGUCGUAAUGUCAAAUUCUCGGCUGAUCGAUCCGUCGCUACCCGUGUCGAAUCAGAGUUCUGUCAAGGAUAUGUUUUCACUCCCCGUCCAAUCAAGAUUGGCGAACGGCUAAUCAUUCAAAUUCUUAAAACCGACACCAUGUUUGUUGGAUCCCUAGCCCUUGGACUGACAUCCUGUGAUCCAACCACUCUGCAACUGGCGGACCUGCCGGACGAUUCCGACCUACUUCUCGAUCGUCCUGAGUAUUGGGUGGUCAGUAAAGACGUUGCGUCUACACUAGUCCGUGGCGAUGAGCUUUGCUUCUCGAUUUCCAUCAACGGUGAAGUUUCCAUCAGCAAAAAUGGUGGACCACAAUCUGUGAUUAUGCACAUCGAUCAGAGUCUGCAGCUGUGGGCUUUCCUAGAUGUCUACGGAUCAACUCAAAGUGUUCGCCUGUUCAGUCAUGCAAUUCCUGCCCCGAUGACUGCAGCAUCGUGCUCGGCUCUGUAUGAACCACGACCUAUCCCAGCUUCUGCAAGCCAACGCAGUCUGCAGAUGCAACCAGUCGCGCAACCCCAACCCCAACCAAACGCAGCAGUUCGAUCGGAUAUGAUCCAGAUUAACCCUGGCGGUACAGUUCUGGUAGUGAACCUACCUCCAACGGAUGUCAUCUCACCUGCAUCCUCGCAACCAUCAGUACAGCAAGCUCAGGCUACAAUACUAUCCCGUGGUGGUCUACCGAAUUCAGCUUCAACCCUUUCUGUUCCACUGUCGACGCUCUCACUAUCCUCGCAUACCGGUUCAACCGGAACUAGCGAAAUCGUUCCCGCUUAUAACUACAAUGAGCCCCUUCCCGCAUACAACAACGCAUCCAACUACAACACGCUGGCUGCAGCCGCCGGCGGAAGCAGUAGCUGCAGCAGUAACGCAAUCAACAGCCUAACCAGCGGAAACGGUGCCCCGAUCUACAGCUCCACCGGCGUCGAUUGCACAAUCUGUUUCGAAAAACCAAUCGACUCGGUUCUGUACAUGUGCGGCCAUAUGUGCAUGUGCUACGAUUGUGCUAUCAAGCAGUGGCGCGGUAUUGGCGGCGGUCACUGUCCACUGUGUCGGGCCGUUAUAAGGGACGUGAUUCGCACGUACAAAUCCUAAACGAUCCCUCGGGUGUGCCGCUGCCAUUCGGCAGUAGCGACGGCAGGGCCUAGCAUCGUCUGGUCGCGAUACCAAAUGGAAGCAAAUAGAAAUGUGAUUUUUAUUCCAAAAAGAGCAAAAAACAAGAAAAAGCGAGACUUGAAUUCGUUAAGAAAGGGAGGUAAAGUUUCGGAAACAUUCUGGUCAAAAUUAUACACUUAUAUUUUAUGCGAGUAAACUAUAAAGUAGUCAAAAUUUCAAAAAUGCGGAGGGUGAUAGGGGAGAUCAUGUUGGAAGUUUGGAGCAGUUCACAAAGUUGUUUGAAUUUUCGCCAUGCGAUAGCAGACAGUCAUGUGGCCAGUUUAUAUGGUUAUUUUUAGUUUCGUUUUUUCUCGAAGUCGUUGAUGAAUACAUUAUCUAGUACGUAAGUUUGUAGGACAAAUUUGCUGAUGAUGAAACCAAAAAAACUCAAAUUUGCAUAGUCUAGUAUGACAGUGAGGAAAUUGCCAAAUAAAACACAUCACUUCCAAAUAAUUAACAUGUGGCGAAAAAGCGGGACAGAUAAAGCACCAACAAUAUUUAUUUUCAUCUUCGGUUCUUGGCAUCGCUUUUUUUCAAAUAAUUCUAAAGAGGUGUUCAUCGAUGGAACUACUUGAUUUAAAAAUAAAAAUCUAGUCAAAAAGAAAAAUGUAUUGAAACGAGCGAGAGCCCCAAAGUAAAACUUAGAUUAAGCACGAUCCUUUUGCUCAGGUGACAUAACGUCCCACCAGGGCUACUUAUUUAUUCUAUUGCGUCCUAUUUUUCCUAAUAAUUAUUUCCUAUGACGUAGAGUAUUAUUACUUAGACACCUUCACAAUAACAUACAUUACAUCCCUGCACUUAGCCGGUCAGUAGCUGGAACGAAUGGCAUUUGUAGCGAAUAGACUACUAUCCGUCUCGAACGAAGAGACAUGAUUAAAGCAUUAUAAAAGAGUAAAAGAUCCGAAGAUUACUACUUAUUAUAUGAAAGAGAAGAUAGUUGACACUUUAUUAAUUUAUUGUUAUCUAAGCUUUUAAAAUUAGAAAAAAAAACAUCAAACAUCGUAUUUUUAAAGUUAGCUGAAUUAAAAGAAGAAAACAAAAAUAUAAACU